AUAAGUUCUGAUUGUUCACGAUGAAACACGAAAACUCACGAAGACGAGUAAUAACUGAUGACCUCUUCUGGGUAAUAAUAUAAGUUUUAACCAUGUGGGCACAUAUUAUAUGAUAAUUGUGUAAUGAAUAAAACAAUGGGUAUAAUUAUAUCAAGAUUAUCAAAACCAAUCCGGGCAUUUAACAUUGAGAAUCGUGCCGGAAGAGUUUUGGGAAAAGAUAAACCAACACCUGCUCCAACUCAUCCAUCAACUGCCCAACAAUUGAAAAUAGCGCAGGAAGCUGAUCCCGACUUUUUAAAAAAUCAUUACAAGAAAGAUGAAGAAUUAUAUGACAGAUUGAAACAAGUGUUUGUUUCAUCACAAGCACAACCGGAAGUUACUGAUACAGAAAAAUUACCAAAAAAUAAACGGUGGGUUAAUGAAUUCGAUUAUGGAUUCUGGGAGCCUGAAACAGUGCCAGCAGGCAGAUGUCAAUUGAGAACAGUAAUGAAAUUUAUGGCUGACUAUGAAUUAGAUCCGAAAAAAAAUUCUGUUCAAGAAAUUGCAUUGAAAUAUAAUUUAGAUCCUGCUGAUGUUGCAAAUAUUAUAGAAUACUAUAGAGUAUUCCAGGUGAUAGUACCAAAGGAAGGCCAGAUGUAUGUACCGAGAAACGAUGUCAAAACAACAAUAGCAGACAAAUAAUGAAUUUAUUAUUUAAGUCAUUUUAAAAUAAUUAGAUUGAUAUUCAGGGUGUUUUAUCUUUGAUAUAAAAACUACUGUACAUAUUUAUUAAUUAAUGAUAAUGAAUAAACGGAUAGAAUAUUUCA